UCUUAUAUUAAAAAGGAAGAUGGUGAGAAAUGAGAACAAUUAGAGACAAAACUCUAACUGCUUCUGCUUCUGCUUCUGCUUCAUCCAUCUCUCUCUCUCUCUCUUUAUAUGUUUCUACCUUUUCUCUCCUCUAUUCAUUUCUAGAUUCCAUAAUAAUACAUAUUCUUCCCAGUAAACCUCAACCAUGGUGGUCAAGAAAGUUGAGAUGAAAGUGGACAUCAACUGCGGGAAAUGCAAAAAUGCAAUCAUGCAAGCUGUUGCAGAGAUAGAAGGUGUGAAUCAGGUUGUACUGGAUGAAGAGAAGAGCUUGCUGACGGUGGUUGGCACGAUGGAUCCAAUCUGCGUUGCAGAAAAGCUAAGGAAGAUCAAACAGAAACCAGUAGUAGUCAACAUUGGACCACCAAAACCUCCAGAGGCCAAAACAGUACCGCAGCCAGUAUGUUGUAAGCCUUGCCCUCCGUAUUGCCCUCCAUACUACAACAACAACUGUGACAUGGUAACAGUUAGUACCUAUAGUAAGGGAAGCGGCUGCACCAUUGUUUGAAUCCUCCUCUUUCCAUCUCUUUAGCCUUCAUGUAAAAAUCCUUCAGUUUGUAGCCAAGACAGACAGAACUUUAUGUUAUCAUGUUUCAUAUAUCUUUAUGAUGAAUCUUUGUUAUAUUGGCACCUAUCCAUCUUUCUGACCCAACUCUUAAUAUCAUUAGAUAAGAUCAUCAGCCAUAGUUUAACAUGGAGCCUUGCUUUUACAUCACAUCGAGUUCUGAUAUUAGUAAGAGAAUAUCACAAGCUUUUUACAACUCACGAUCAUAAGUUGAUAACUUCACAUAAACCAUAUAGAUGCAAAUGAAGUCCAAACCUGGCUGGGUUUUCUACCACUGCGAAAGCAGAGUCUAACAAUGAUUACUGAAAAACAGAGAAAAGCAAAGAAGCAAACAGACCACUUAGACCUAGGAA